AUGAGACGAGAGAGAAAGUUGACCAAAUUAGAAGCUAUUGUCACGGACAAGUCGUAUUAUUUCAAUCUUCCAUUCGAAAGUGACACUGUCUUCGAUAGAAAAGACCAAAGUUAUAAAUCAGACAAAUAUGGAUUCAAAGCAGAAAUAAAAGUGGGUUCUCUCGUAGACGGAGAACUUAAAAACGUAUUCGAUAUCGGCGAAACGGAAGCGUUUACUUUUCGAGGUAGAUGUCUGAUUGGAAUAGAUUUUCCCAUGAAGGUUAAAGUCAAUAAAAUAGUCUUCAAACAAACCGGUAAUGCCGUCAAACAUCUUUCAUUUUUCAAUGAUGGUAAUUUGGAAGAGACUAUACGUUUGAUUGAAGAUGAUUUAUAUGAAACGAAAAAUGGUGGAAAAUACACCUCGAUCGAUGUUCAUAAAAGUCAACAAGAAAGAGAGUUUAUAGUACAUUUAUCGUUUGCCGAAGGUUCCGAUUCCAUCCUUGAAGGUGGUGGUUUUAUUUUUAGAGCCAAGAUAAAGAAUCAAAAAAGAAAAAAGAAAAUAUUCCUAUCAUCUUAA